AUGGUAUACGACAAUAUCUAUGGAAGGGACCUCCUCCGGAGGAAUUGUGAGGGCGUUCUCAUUUCGUCAAUGACAAGCCUUGCCCAGAACCUUGGCUCGGCUAAGCUAAUCUUACCCGCUCUCCAGGGCAUGGAUCUCGUGAACCUUGGAAGCCACGUGAAGCCACGUCAGACGGCAUACGCAGUGCAAAAACCCCUUCUAGAAGAGGAGAUCCUAUGGAACAUGCUUAACACUAGGAAAGAAAAUUUAAGCUGGAGUUGA